AUGAGUAACGAAUCAGCUGUUGAAGAUAAGAGUCCUCAAUUUCAAUCAUAUUUGAAUAAUGAUGGGAUUGAUGAAUUAACGCCAAUGACCAGAAAACAUCGUGUUUCUUCGUUAUCGCUUUCUGAUUUGAAUCAGUGGCAAAAUGGGUUGACCAAGUUAUCAUCAUCUACUUCAUUGAAUAAACAAAAACUGGGAUCUAACUUGAAUUUGAAAAAAGUUGAUUCCUUAGCAAAAUUAUCUAGAAAUUCUUCUAUUAUUAGAAGAAAGAAGAAGACGGUUAUUGAUCAUAAGAGAGUUGCUUCUUAUGCUUUUUGUUUUGAUAUCGAUGGGGUGAUAUUACGUGGUCCAAACGUUAUUCCGGAAGCAAUCGAAGCCAUGAAGCUAUUGAAUGGUGAAAAUAAGUAUAAUAUCACUGUUCCUUCGAUUUUUGUUACUAACGGUGGAGGGAAACCCGAAUCGGCUCGUUCCAAGUUAUUGUCUGAACAAUUGAAUACCACCAUUACUCCAGAACAAAUCAUUCAAGGUCAUACUCCCAUGAAGGAUCUUGUGGGGGUUUAUAAGAAUGUUUUGGUUGUUGGUGGGGUUGGUAAUGUUUGCCGUAAUGUUGCUGAAUCUUAUGGUUUCCAAAAUGUUUAUACUCCCUUGGACGUCAUGAAGUGGAACCCUGCUGUUUCUCCAUAUCAUGAUUUAACUGAAGAAGAAGAAACCUGUACUAAAGACGUUGAUUUCUCCAAGAUUUCUAUUGAUGCCGUUUUAGUCUUUGCCGAUCUGAGAAAUUGGGCUGCUGAUCAACAAAUCAUCUUGGAAUUGUUAUUAUCUAAAAAUGGGGUUAUGGGUACUGUUUCUGAAUCUUUUGAUGAAGGUCCUCAAAUCUAUUUUGCCCAUUCUGAUUUUAUUUGGGCAACUAAUUAUAAAUUAUCAAGAUACGGUAUGGGUGCUUUACAAGUUUCUAUUGCCGCUUUAUAUAGAGAGCACACUGGUAAAGAAUUAAAGGUUAACCGUUUUGGUAAACCUCAACAAGGUACUUUUAAAUUUGCUAAUAAAGUUUUAACCAAAUGGAGACAAGGGGUUCUUGAUGAACAUUUGAAAAAAUUAUCAAUUAAUGAUCCAAACGCUUCUCAAGCUGAUAUCUUAAUUAAUGACGAAGGUGAAGAAAUUAUUAAUCAAGCUAAAUUAGAAUCGGGUGACUAUGAAUCCGAAGAAGAAGAAGAUGCUGGUGAUGCUGUUGGUAAAGUUGGGGAAUUAACCAAAAAGGAACAAAUCACUUUACAGUUACCUCCUGCUUCUACCGUUUACUUCGUUGGUGAUACUCCAGAGUCGGAUAUUCGUUUUGCCAAUUCUCAUGACGAUUCUUGGUUUUCCAUCUUGGUCAAAACUGGGGUUUACCAAGCUGGUACCGAACCAAAAUAUAAACCAAAACACUUGUGUGACAACGUCUUGCAAGCUGUUGAAUUUGCCAUUGAACGUGAACACGAAAAAGAAUUGCAAGAAUGGAAUGAAACCGCUGAAGAUGAUGAUAAAGGCUCUAAAGUUAACUUUGCCGACUUUGUUAUGACUCCAAGUGAAAAGCAACAAGAAAAGAAGGAAACUAAGAACGUCGAAGAUCACGAAGCAGUGGAAGUUCCAGUCUUGUUGAAUGAGCAAAUUGAUAAAAUCAAGAAUGUGGAGGUUGAUAAAAAAAAUUAA